AUGAAUGUCAAGAACAAGACUCAAGUGACCAUGUUUGAGUUUUCUGGUCUUACAGAUGAUGAAUUAGUUGCCCCGUUCCUCUUUAUGAUCUUUUUAGUGGUUUACAUAGUGACCAUACUUGGAAAUAUUGGUAUGAUAGCAAUGGUUCAAAUCUCACCCAACCUCCACACACCAAUGUACUACUUAUUGAGCUAUCUGUCUCUGGUGGACCUCUUCUACACUUCAGUAACUACUCCUAAAAUGUUGGCUGACCUCCUUUCUGAGAGAAAGUUAAUAACAUUUAUUGGUUGCACUCUUCAGUUCUAUUUCUUUUGUGCACUGGUAGGUACAGAGGUCUUUGUCCUCUCAGACAUGGCGUAUGACCGCUACGUCGCGAUAUGCCGCCCUCUACACUAUGUCUUAGUAAUGACUAAGAAGAAAUGUCUUAUGAUUCUCUCUUUCUCUGUCGGCUUUGUGCAGUCAGUUGCGCAGACCAGCAGUCUAUUCAGUCUUGAAUUCUGUGAAUCUAACCUCAUAGAACACUUCUACUGCGACAUCCCUCCUCUGGUCAGGUUGUCAUGUUCCGAAACCCGCACCUGCACCAUCGUCACCCUUUUCUUUGUGUGUUUUUGUAGCUUAGGUUCAAUGACGACCAUCCUGGUAACCUACAUUCUCAUCAUUUCUUCUGUCUUACGGAUAAAGUCUGCGGCUGGCAGAAGGAAAGCAUUUAGCACCUGCUCCUCCCAUCUUACGUGUGCUACCAUCUUCUAUGUUACAGUUUUCUGUACUUACCUUCAUCCAUCCUCCAGUACCCUCAAAAAACAGGAAAUCGUGGCCUCUAAAGACAAAGUGGCUUCUGUCUUCUACACCGUGGUGACUCCAAUGCUGAAUCCUCUUAUCUACAGCUUGAGGAACCAAGAGGUGAAAAAGGCCAUCAUAAGACUACUGCAGAAAAGUCCCAAUAAACAUAUAUGA